AUGGCAGUUGUAUACACACUGCUCGUGUUAUACUUGGCAGUUUUUGUGGCUGGAUUUAUAUUGUUGGUCAUGGGGGCAAUUCAUUUUAAUUUCUCCAACAUAGAAAUUCCUCCUGGAGUGAAUCAGCCUGUAAAGCUCCGGAUCAUUCAUAUCAUUUUAAUAACCAGAUCUGUGGUGGGGAAGAUUUUGGAGAAUAUUGGUAUCUGCAGUCAGCUUAGUUUUGCCCGGUAUGUGCAAGACAGAAGCACUCUAGGAGUGGACCCCAAGCUCUUCAUUGAGGACCUUUGUUUUGAUAAAGUGCCUGUAAGGAUUUAUCAGCCUAAGGUUCCAUUUGCCAGCCAAAGGAGAGGAGUUAUGUUUUUCCAUGGAGGUGGAUGGGUAUUUGGAAGCCUAGAGACCCAUGAGAAGCUGUGCCGCUCUAUUGCCAAAGGAAGUGAAUCAGUGGUUGUAUCUGUUGGGUACCGUUUAGCCCCUGAACACAAAUACCCUGCCGCCUACGAAGACUGUCUUAAUGCCACCAUACACUUCAUGAAGAAUUUAGAGCACUAUGGCGUGGAUCCUGCCCAUGUCAUUGUCUGUGGGGACAGUGCUGGGGGCAAUCUCGCAGCUGCUGUUAGCCAGACUCUUACAACUAGAUCAGACCUCCCCAAACUCCGUGCUCAGAUCUUGAUCUACCCAGGCCUUCAGGCCUUGGACUUCAAUUUACCAUCCUAUCAGCAGAAUCGGGCAGUCCCUCUCUUAUUCAGAGAACACGCUGCUUUCUAUGCUCUGCAGUACCUAAAUGGGCACGCACUGCACAUGGAAGAGGUCUUGGAGGGUUCCCAUAUUCCCAUAGACAUGAAAUUAAAUUAUAGCAAGUGGCUGAGUCCAGACAACAUCCCUGAGAAGUUUAAGGUCAGAGGCUACAAACCACAGGUGCUACUUGAUUGUACAACUGAAGUUUAUGAGGAGGUGCAAAGGUUCUGUGAGCCCAAUAUGUGUCCACUGUUAGCUGAAGAUGCUGUUGUUCACCAGCUGCCCGAGUCUUUCAUCUUGACUUGUGAGUACGACGUGCUAAGAGACGACGGCUUGCUUUACAAGAAGAGGCUGGAGGACAACGGAGUUCGAGUGACCUGGUACCACCUCGAGGAUGGAUUCCAUGGAAUUCUAAACCUAAAUGGUUUUUGUGGUUUCUCAUUUCCAUCUGGGAAAAGGGGAUUGGACAGUGUUGUCAACUUCCUAAAGGGCCUGUAA